CUGCUGUUUUUCAAAUCAAAAUUUUGAAAAUGAAGCAAAAACACUCCAAGAACCGGGCCAAGCCGUACAAAAAGCCCACGCCGGCACGUCGAAAUGAAAAAUUCUCAAAGAACUACAGCUUCAUCCAGAGAAGCAAACAAAUGGAGGAAAUGCGACGACGGGAAAAGAUUCCCGAGACUGCAUCUAAGGAAUACGAGCCCAUUGCGGAACUUCUGCCAGAUGUACAGGAAGAUGUUAACGAGGCUGGAUUCUAUGAACAACUGGUCACUGGAUAUAAUCAAGUACCCACAAGUCACAUUCUCAGCUCAACAGCAGAGGAACCCAAUGUUUCUGCUCCAAAACAAAUCAAACCUAAGAAGAAGAAAUCUUCUGAUCUAAAAAAGUUAAAUUCGGACUUUGAAAUAUACAAUUCGUUUUCUAAACGAUUCGAUUUGGAGUUGUCUACUGAAAAUAUUAAUGAUUUGGUUACAAAAAAGAAUGUCAAAUCGAUUAAGAGUAAUUGGCCUGCCUUGGGAAGUUUAAGAUUUGAGAUUCCACAAUUAUCUGACGGUACAAAAGAUCCCGAGAGUAGUGAGCCUAAAGAAGUGGAAAACUCCGAGGAUCUACAAAAGUUGGAGGUGAAAAUGUCAAUCUGUGGAAACGUUAAAUUUCCGCUCUCCGCCCUGCAGUCCGAAAUAUUCAACAUUGUGAAUAACUACCAGGAUUUGUAUUAUCCACACCGGACUCACAGCAAUGCUGAGGAGAUUAGAUAUGUUUAUUGCCUCCAUGCUCUGAAUCAUAUGAUGAAAGUAAGAUCUUUGAUAUUGCGGAAUAACGAGAAAGUUGCAGCUCUGGCAAAGUCCAUGAAACUGUCACCCAACGAAAUCUCCAUACCAGAAAGUUUUAGAGAUCAAGGACUAAAACGGAUGAAAGUAGUUUUCAUAGUUCCUUUUAGGGAAUCUGCUCUAAAAAUAGUAAACGUAAUCGGUGACUUACUUUUUGGAAGUCAAGAUGACCAAGCCAGAAAGAAUUCAAUCUCAAACUAUGAUCGGUUUCUUGGCGAUUACUCUGGAAACACGUUAUAUUUCCCAAAGACCAAUCCAAAGCCGGUGGAUUAUGAGCAAACCUUCAGUGGCAAUACCGAUGACAACUUUAAACUGGGCAUUCGCUUUACAAAAAAAACAAUGUCCCUCUUCUCCGACAUGAAUUCUUCGGAUAUACUGAUCGCAUCCCCACUGGGUCUGAGAAUGCUGGUAACGGAUAAAGAUAAUGAUUUCGACUUUCUGAACUCCAUCGAACUGUUGAUAAUUGACCAAGCGGAACUGUUUUUGGCGCAGAAUUGGGAGAAUCUUCUUCAUUCCCUGGAUCAUCUGCACUUGCAGCCUCAGAAAUUGCCCGACACCAAUUGUCAGCGAGUUCGAACCUGGUGCCUCAGCGGAGCAUCAAGCUUUUACCGCCAGACUUUACUCUUUGCAUCGCACGAACUUCCCGAAUUUCGUGCAGUGCUCAACAGUAAAUGCAGUAACUACCAGGGAAAAGUACGGGUCUCGAAUCUGGUCGAGCACGGAGAUAUCCGCAAUGUUCUAACACCGAUUCAGCAAGUUUUUCGGAGAAUUGCAUGCUCCAAUGUGGAAUCGACCUUUGACGAUCGGUUUCAAUAUUUUGUCAAGCAUAUUGUGCCCCAGUUCAGUAAACCAGGGUUCUCCCAUUGCAUGCUAUACGUGCCCAGCUACUUUGACUAUGUACGUAUACGGAACCAUUUUAAAGCAGAAAUGAUUAGCUUUGUACAGAUAAAUGAGUACACAAAGAAGGAAAAAAUUUCCCGGGCGAGAGAUAUAUUCUUCCACAGCGGAGCAUCUGUUUUACUGUAUUCGGAAAGAGCACACUUUUUCCGGCGCACUCGAAUCAAGGGCAUCCGGAAUUUGAUCAUAUAUCAACCGCCAAACUUCCCGCACUUUUAUUCGGAGAUGAUCAAUUUAAUGCUCGAAUCCAAUCAAAAUCCACGGGAUGGAUUAGGGGAUGCCAUGUCCGUUAGUGUCCUUUACACAAAGUACGACCUUUUAAGCUUAAGUAAUAUAGUUGGAAGCGAGAAUGCUGUAAAGUUAACCUCUGGGAAAAAAGAUUCUUACCUUUUCUCGACAAAAAGCUAGAUUGUUUUAUAACCAUAACAUUACAAUUGUGUAUAUAUAUUAAAUAUAUGUUGAAAAAUUGAAAAAAAUCGUUUUUUAGU